GUUAGAGCAAACAAUUAAUGGUGAAGCAGGGAUGAGUAACAAUAGUGAAGACGUCGCCGCAGACUUACAUCCAGAUAGACUCAAGGAGCAUCAAAAGCAAAUUAAAGCUUUCAUGCAUAGCAUUGAGCAGAUCACCAAUCCCUUCACUUCCUCCAUAGACAAAGAUAAUCUAUAUAAUAUUUCUACAGGACAGGCUACUAGCCAAGAAGUUGCUAAUUGCUUGCUAAGCACUGUUUCAUCUGGGAUGUCUCUCCGCGAUCAGUUUAUAACGGAAUGUAAUAUGAAUCCGGAUAGAUUUCACAAAUCUCUGAAGAAAAAUCCAAUACUUACUUUUGCAAGUGUAAAGAAGAAAAAGGUUAUGAAGAUUGGAGAAAAAGUUCAUGAGGUCACACUUCAGCGGGAUUUAUUCGGUAGAUUAUUAGGUCUAUCUCUGGUUGCAAACUUAGAUCUUGGAAAAGUAUUGUGUUUUCCAAUAACACCAGUCCCGUUAUCACUAUGCCAUAUAGAUGGUUCUUUUAAUAAAACUGCAAAAUCAGUACUGGUUCAAGAACUAGAAAUGAGAAUUGAAGAAAUGGAACAACCACCACCCCAGGUAGACUGUGGAAUCGUAGAUGGCUUCUUCUUCUUAAAUACUUUUAAACAAAUGCCGCGCAAUUUCGGUGAUUUAUCAAAGAAAAUUUUGCAAACUCUUGUAAAAACUCCAGCAGAUAGUAUAGCCAUUAUAUUUGAUCGUUACUUCACACCUUCGAUAAAAGAUUGUGAACAUGCUCUUCGACGCAAUAUAGAUGACAAAGAUUUUCAUAUUGCCGGUCCUCAACAAAGCAGAACCUCUGACUUCUCCAAAGAUUUAAAAAAUAUAAAGUUUAAAGAAGCAUUAGUGAAAUUUCUUAUUGAACAUUGGGCUAAACAGGAGAUGAAAUCAAUUAUUGGUAAUAAGAAAAUAUUUCUAAUUCAUGAUUUAUGUUACGUGUACUCUGUUAUCGAUAACGAAUUAUCGCGAAUUAUUGAUCAUGAACUGUCAUGUCCCGAUCAUGAAGAAGCGGAUACAAAAGCUGUAUUUUUUGCUUGUCAAAUGGAAGAAGAGUCUACUGUCACCAUCAGAACCUCUGAUACAGAUAUCGUGGUUAUUAUGUUAGCCAACAUGGAACAUAUGAAAUCGUCUGUAAAAGUCUGGAUUGAUCUCGGAGUAGGGAAUGCACGCCGAUAUAUCGACAUUUCUGCUCUUUUUACGAAAUUGGGCCCACUUGUAUCAAAAGCACUACCAGCUCUGCAUGCUCUAACCGGAUGUGAUUACAACCCAGCUUUGUACAGGCGAGGUAAAAAAAGGCCUCUACAGAUUCUAAUGGGAUCUGUAAAUAUACAAGAAGUAUUUGCAAACUUGGGCUCUGAAGCAUAUAAUAUUGAGGCAUUAUCUUCCACCGUGGAAUCGUUCAUCUGCCAUUUGUACGGGUUUAAAAAACUAGCUGACGUUAAUAUUGCUAGGAUUGAAAUAUUUAAUAAAACGUACAAAGUAAAUGAUACGUCUCAACCCUUUUCACUGAAUGUGCGUAAUUACGAUGCUUGUAAUUUGCCACCAUGUCGAUCGGAGCUGCAACAACAUUUAUUGCGAACGAAAUAUAUUGCUUGUUUGUGGAGGAACGCUCACAAUCGUAUUCCUACGGAAAUGUCACCACUAGAAUACGGAUGGAGAAAUGUGGAUGGAAAAUUGGAGCCAACUUGGUUCCUAGGAAACCAACUUCCUGAAGCGUACGAAGACAUCGUCAUAACACCUGACAUUUUAGGAGAUACUUUAGAUUCAGUUACAGAAUCACGAGAUGACGAGGACGUCCAGGAAGUUGAAGUGGAAACAAACUUCAAAGAUGAGUCUAGUGGAGAUGAAGACUAAAAUAUGUAUUUUAAAUUUUAAUGAUCUGUAAUUUAUUAUAAAUUGUAAUGAUCUAUAUUUAAUUUUUUAUUAAUAAAUUAUCCAAUUUCUGUACGUAAAUGCGGAGAUAUUAUUUCUAAAU